AUGGAAGGGCGUAAAAUUAAAACCAAAUCAAAAUUAAAAGUGCAUCGUCAAAAACAUAAAUUAUUUCGUGCCAAUGAUCCAUUACUCUCUGUGCUUAUGUGGGGUGUGAAUUUCACCACACGUGAAUUGGAAAAUAUCAAUAUACCAGUUGUGCUUCUUCCGGAACAUUUUAAAGCCUAUGUUAAAGUUCGUGUAGACAAUCAAAACUUCAACAAAGAAGUGAUGCCAAGCCAUUUUAAAAUAAAAGAAUAUUGUCCACUUGUAUUUCGUGCUAUUCGAAAACAUUGGCAAAUAAAUGAUGGCAAUUUUCGAAAUUCACUAACAGAACCAUCAGUACUUUUGAAUGAAUCAGCGAAAGCAAAUAUACAUUAUUAUCACUCAUGUGAUCAUCGAUUUAUUAUUAAAUGCAUUUCAAGAGAAACAGUCGAACAAAUUAGUAACAUUUUACCAGAAUAUCAUCGAUAUAUCGUCGAAACUCAAGGUGAUACAUUACUUCCUCACUAUUGUGCAAUGUAUAGAUUGACAGUUGAUGAUAAAGAAAACUACAUAUUAGUUAUGCGUAACAUAUUUUCAAGUAGAUUAAAAAUUCAUUUUAAAUACGAUGUCAAAGGUUCAACAUUUGAACGGAGUGCAACAAAUAAAGAAAAAUUAAAUUCGUGUCCAACAUUGAAAGAUACAGAAUUUUUAGAAAAUAAAUGCAUCAUUGAUGUAGGUCCGGAGCAAAAACUAAUUUUUAUGGAACGACUUGAGCGUGACGUUCAGUUUCUUGUGGAUCAACGUAAAAUCGAUUAUUCAUUAUUAAUUGGCAUUCAUGAUCUGGAUCAAGAUGCCAUCGAACGUCACAAACGAGCGUCGGUUGUUGAUAUGAAUACAUCUGAUUUUUCUCUCUAUAAUUCUUCGGAUGGAUCAGGCAUGGCUUUUUUUAUCUGA